GAUCAAAUGUUUAAAAGAGAAAACUGUGGAAAAAUUAUAGAACAAGAGGGACAGAAGCCAAAGAUGGAGAACAGUUCGGUACUCGAUCCGUGGGGGCACCGCCCUCACAGCAUCUCCGGCGGCGGCGUCUGCGCCGACUUCCUCUCCGAAUCCUUCUCGGCCGUCUCCGCAUCCGCCGCCGUCCGCUCACCGGAGUCUCUGUCCUCGAUCCCGCCUCCCGGCAGCGAACCGACCGGCGGUCGGGUCGCCAAGAAGCGCAAGUCCCGGGCCUGCAAGCGCUCGCCCACCACCUACAUCGCCGCCAGCCCGGCCAACUUCCGCGAGCUGGUCCAGCGCUUCACCGGAAACCGGUCCUCCGAAGAGAUGGAUCCGCCGCUGCCGCCGCCGGCAUCAGCGGCGAGCCGUGCUCUUCCGGCGUUAGACUCGUUGUCGGCGUACGAGCCGGCUGGAUUUUUUGCGCCGGCGGCGUUUGGGUCGGAUCCGGCUCUUGUGGAGCUCAACCAGUUGCUUUUGGCGGCGUCGGGUUUUCCUGCACAGGACUUGUGGGAAGUUAUGUGAGGGACGAUGAAGCAGGUGGGCUGUUAACCGCCGUCCGUUGGAGAUCGGACGGAUCUAGGGACUGUCAGUUCAUGUCAGAGAGCUGCAUAUUUUUCUUUUCCUUAGUUAUAUUUAUUUUUUUUAUUUUUGCUCAAGUUGUGGUUUUAUUAUAAAUACUUUUGCUGAAUUUCUAAUCUUGUUUGGGGCUUGUGGUA